CGGGCCCGCGGGCGGGCAGUGAUGGCGGCAGGCGAUGGGGACUUGAAGCUCGGCACCCCGGGAGGCGACGGUGAUAGUAGCGGCAGCAGCGACGGCGGCGAGGCCCCGGCGGGCGGCGCGGAGGGGGGCGGCGGCUGGGCGCUGUGGCCCGCGGGCGGCGGCGGCAACGAGGGCGGCGGCGGCGGCGGCGGCGAGAUGCUGCUGAACGUGCUGCUCGUGCUGCUCGUGCUGCUCGGGGCCUACCGGCUGUGGGUGCGCUGGGGCCGGCGCGGGCUGGGCGCGGGCGCGGGCGCCAGCCGGGACAGCCCGGCCGCCGCGCUGCCGCGCAUGAAGAAGCGCGACUUCAGCCUGGAGCAGCUGCGCCAGUACGACGGCGCGCGCACGCCGCGCAUCCUGCUGGCCGUCAACGGCAAAGUGUUCGACGUGACCAAAGGCAGCAAGUUCUACGGGCCCGUGGGACCAUAUGGAAUAUUUGCUGGUAGAGAUGCCUCCAGAGGACUAGCAACAUUCUGCCUAGAUAAAGAGGCGCUCAAAGACGAAUACGAUGAUCUCUCAGACUUGAACGCUGUGCAGAUGGAAAGUGUUAGAGAGUGGGAAAUGCAAUUUAAAGAAAAAUAUGAUUAUGUUGGCAGGCUCCUCAAACCAGGGGAGGAGCCAUCAGAAUACACAGAUGAAGAAGAUACCAAGGAUCACAACAAACAGGACUGAACUUGGUCAACAGCCAAAGUCAGGGGCCUUCAGAACUGCAACCUCUUUUAAUUCCCUUUCACAGAAUGUCCUGCGUCUUUGGGUUUGAGUCAUCUGCUGCGAGAAAAAAAGAAACCAUUCAACAGAUUUGGUACAAGAACAUGCGUAGCCAUGCUCCGGAGCUUCAACUGCUGGACACCGUCUGAGCUGCCAGAUGGUCGUUGGGGUCAUCUGCGGCGGCCAGCGCAGCUGUGGCGCCGAAGAGGAGGGGGCGGGGAUUCUGGAAGGUGUGAGGAAGCCACCCAGCUGGUCCUGCUUGGUGAUCACAGACACCCAGCAGCACGGGCUGCUCUGGAAGCGUACCGGCUUUCUCGGGAAAACAGCAUGGACGUGUUUUUUAUGUGCUGUAUUUUUGUUUCAGCCUUGAGGGAAAACUUGUAUACAUCCAUCCGUUUGAGUAGUUGGCCUACUGAAACAUUAAAAUGUGAAUUUCCAAGCUUUUGUCAUAGAGGUGUUACUAGCUCUGGCAAAAAAUAAAUAAAUAAACAAAUAAAUGAAAACAGUA